GUCAAAUAAAUUACUACUUUAUAAUGCCAAAAAAAAACUAAGGUACUACAAAUUGCAUAAGAGUAUGACAUUUUACUCAUCUCUCAUGCCCACUACUUUUCUUAAAAUCAAAAAAAAAAAAAAAAAAACAAAAACAAAAGCCUUUCAUACUACUACAAAGUCGGCGUGAAAUGUGGUGAAGACAAACAACAACAAACAACAAGUUAAAUCAUCAAAAAAUGAAAUGGGAAGUCAUUAAUAUUUCCACCAUUAUGAUAAUCGCUAGCGCUGCUAUGGCAUUUCCUCAGAAAAGAGACAGAUUAGCAAACAACAAUCCUCAAAAUACCACCGUUCAUUUUAGCCCAAAAACUAUAAACUUCAUCCUUCCAUGGUCCCUUCAUCGCCGGUCUUAUUCGCCUUGGUUCUCCGGCCGGCGGCGAACCCAUAAAAUAAUCAAUGGACUUCUUCCCUUGACACAAAUUACCUCGUGAUAGAGAAUAUAAUUCUCUUCAAGAUAUUAUGUUUCAUAGAAUAUAAUUGUUCUACAAUAAUGUUUUAAUCUCAUUAGGUUUUACCAUAAAUAUGAUCUAUGAGAAUCGCUCGAAAUUAGCGAGUUUCACAAUCUAAUACGCAUAAAAAUGGGAGAGCCUGAUAAUUUCAUCAACAGAUCAAAUUCCUUUGAUGAUAAUAGGGAUUUAGAGAAGGGAGACAUUUUACCACCUCCAUCCCCAUUAUCUCGUACAUUUUACAUGUCAAAUUCUGGCAAAACAUUGCUAGUCUCUAGCCCAACCCCAACCUCAACCCCAACCCCAAGUAGUAGGAGGUUAAAAUCUUCAGAGUCUGCAAAAUCAUUUGGUUCAUAUUCCUUCAAAAACAUAUCAACAACCAAAUCAUCAUAUGAUACUGAUGGCUGCGCCUCGCCAUCAACGCCGCCUACUGUAAUAAUGUCGAACACAGGUAAAGCUUUAGCAGUUUCAAGUUCUGCCAAGUCAUUUGGGAUGUCUAAUUCUAGCAAGUCAUUAGCCCUUUCUGGGUCAGGGAAAUCAUUCUCAGUGUCAGGGUCGGGUAAACGAAUGGACCAAAAAAGGAAGUACGUGAAGCAAGUGACGGGAAAACACAAGGACACGGAGCUUCACCUAGCCGCACAAAAGGGAGACGUAGAGGCUGUGGCCUACAUUUUGGGGGAGAUUGACGCGCAGAUGAUGGGGACGUCGAGCGGGGUCGAGUUUGAUACAGAGUUGGCGGAGAUACGUUGGGCUAUUGUUAAUGAAGUAAAUGAGUUGGGUGAGACUCCGUUGUUUAGAGCUGCUGAAAAGGGUCACCUUGAUGUGGUGAGGGCUCUUUUGCCUUAUGCUACACCUGAAGGAAUUUGUGCCAAGAACCAAGUUGGUUUCACUGCUUUGCAUGUGGCUGCUGGACAAGGUCAUGAAGCUAUUGUGCAGGUCCUAUUGGAGCACGAUUCCAAACUAAGCAAAACUUUUGGUCAAUCCAACACAACUCCUCUUAUAUCUGCAGCUGUUAGAGGCCAUCUGAGAGUAGUCAAUUUAUUGUUGUCACAAAACUCUAACUUGGUAGAGGUGCCAAAAUCGAAUGGAAAGAAUGCGCUACAUUUAUCAGCUCGACAAGGGCAUGUGGAGAUUGUAAGAGCAUUAUUGAAAAAAGAUACACAACUAGCUAGAAGAACGGAUAAAAAAGGCCAGACUGCACUUCAUAUGGCUGUGAAAGGUCAUAGUGCUGAAGUGGUCAGGUUGCUGCUUCGAGCAGAUGCAGCCAUUAUCAUGCUUCCAGAUAAGUUUGGGAGCACAGCAUUACAUAUAGCAACCAGGAAAAAGCGAGCGCAGAUAGUCAAUGAACUCCUACUCCAUCCAGAAACAAAUGUGAACGCAGUGACGAAAGAUCGAAAAACAGCAAUGGACAUUGCAGAAGGGCUACCUCUCUCUGAAGAAAUUGCCGAGAUAAAGGAUUGCCUAAUGCGAAAUGGAGGACUUAAAGCAGCUGAGUUAAACCAACCACGAGAUGAGCUUCGAAAAACUGUGACCGAAAUCCAGAAAAAUGUUCACACUCAACUUGAACAAACUCGAUGGACUAACCAAAAUGUAACAGGGAUUGCCAAAGAGUUGAAAAGGCUUCAUAGAGAAGGGAUCAACAAUGCUACGAACUCAGUGACCGUGGUGGCUGUCCUGUUUGCAACUGUCGCCUUCGCGGCGAUUUUCACAGUUCCUGGUGGGGAUUAUGAAUCAGGAGAAGCAGUGGUUGCAACUACUACUUCAUUCAAGGUGUUCUUCAUCUUCAAUGCUAUUGCACUGUUUACAUCAUUGGCUGUUGUGGUAGUUCAGAUAACAUUAGUCCGGGGAGAGACGAAAUCAGAGAGGAAAGUGAUUGAAGUAAUCAAUAAGUUGAUGUGGUUGGCUUCUGUUUGCACUACUGUUUCAUUUAUUUCAUCAUCAUAUAUCGUUGUAGGACGACAUAAUAAGUGGGCUGCUAUUUUUGUAACUGUUCUAGGAGCUGGGGUUAUGGCUGGAGUUCUUGGAACUAUGACUUAUUAUGUUGUUAAAUACAAAAGAAUCAGAAAAGUCAGGAAGAAAGAAAAAUCAUCAAGGAAGCAAAGUCAAGCACACCAUGAUGUUGAUGUACUUUCUGAAGAUUCAGCUGUUAAUCCAAUCUAUGCAAUAUGAUAUUCAGCUUUGCCAAUUGCUUUCAUACUUGUUAUGUAUAAUCACAGUAUGUCAGGAAAUCAAUACGAAAUAUGGGACCAAAAUUAGUUUGUGCAA